AUGGCCGCUGAACAACGCCGUGUCGGUCCACCCUGUGAUGAGGAUGUUUCCGGACUCCAACUCCAGGAACUACCACUGACGACUGGCAACGGCACCAUUUUAUGCGACGUAUCCACCCCUUCCCAUCGUCCAUUUGUGCCGCCAUCCCUCCGCCGUAAAGUUUUCUCCUCCCUGCACAAUCUCUCUCACCCUGGGAGUCGAGCAACCGACAAGCUGGUUUCCGACCGCUUCGUCUGGCCUGGUAUGCACAAGGACCUGAAGGCAUGGACACGGGCUUGCAUUGCCUGUCAACGGAGCAAGAUCCAGCGGCACAACAAGGCCCCCAUUGGUACCUUCCCCGGCCCUGGUGCAAGGUUCAGCCACGUUCACCUGGACAUUGUAGGCCCCCUGCCUCUGUCCAAUGGUUGUUCCUAUCUCCUCACCUGUGUGGAUCGGUUCACUCGGUGGCCUGAAGCAAUUCCCCUGCCUGACAUUGCUGCUCCAACGGUGGUCAAGGCUUUUCUCAGUCGUUGGGUUGCUAUCUUUGGUACACCCUCCACAAUCACGACUGACCGUGGUGCACAAUUUGAAUCUAAUCUCUUCCAGUCUUUACUCUCCUUUUUAGGCUGUACCCGCAUCCGGACGACAGCCUAUCACCCGGCUGCUAACGGGAUGGUCGAGCGGUUUCACCGCCAGCUGAAGGCCUCCCUACGCGCCGCAGCCGAUCCGGAGAACUGGACGGAUCACCUUCCCCUGGUCCUCUUGGGCAUCCGCUCCGCUCUCAAGCCGGACCUUGACUGUUCCGCAGCUGAACUGGUGUUCGGCUCCACCGUCCGACUCCCCGGUGAGAUGAUCUCGCCAACCCCUCAAGGUGCAGUUGAGGAUCCUACAAACCUCCUGCAUCGUCUCCGGCAGUUUAUGCGGACACUUUCUCCGGUUCCUCCCAGGUCCUCCGCCUCUCCGUCUUAUCUCGAGAAGGACUUGGCAACGUGCUCUCUCGCGGGCCGAAGACUUUCCGCAUUCAGCGCGACAAUCGUGAAGAGGUCGUGA